GUGAUAAUUUCUAUACGCUUGGCGUAGAAAAUGUUGAUGAUAAACGGUUUAAAGAAACAUUUGAAGAUGUCUUCACGGCUCCUUCACUCUACAUUCCAUGGUAUUUCUGUGCCGGCAAUCAUGAUCAUUAUGGGAAUGCUUCCGCAGAAAUAGCAUACAGCAAAAAGUCCAGUCGAUGGAAUUUCCCCGAUUUUAACUACACGAAAAUCUGGACAAUUCCAGGUAAUCAACUUUUCUCAUAUUUUCCUCCGUGAGGAGCUUAUGUUUCCAUUUGUCUACGAUUUUGCAUCUUCCCGGAUUUGUUCACGUUCAUGCAAAGUUCACCAAAUGAAUAUGCAUCAGUUAUAUCAGUCGGGCUUGUUCGAAAGGGUUUCUCAUAUUUUUGUGUCGUUUUGUGAAUCUCCAAAACAGUCUUAAGGCCCGUUUACACUACGCUCAAUUUUUGGUACGGCACGGAUAAAAUUGGUACCCGUACCACUUUUUGGUUCUUGGACUACCUAAAUAGGUAGUCCAAGAACCAAAAAAGUGGUACGGUACCAAAAAUGAGCGUAGUGUAAACGGGGCUUAGCUAAAUAGGUAGUCGAAGAACCAAAAAAGUGGUAAGGGUACCAAUUUUAUCCGUGCCGUACCAAAAAUUGAGCGUAGUGUAAACGGGGCUUUAUUAAUUUUUGUAAUUUUAACAGGAUUCGGCAGAGAUUACGGAUUUCUAGUUCUUCAAAUAUUUGAAAAUAAUGGUGUACAAAGCACACGACAAUUUUGGAGUGAAAUACAUUCAGCCUUCUGCCAAUGUUUUAUGGCUUUCACUCUUUCUAUAUUCUCUAGCUUUUUAUGUUACACUUACUUUCUAUAUCGCCGUUUCUAUGUAUAGGUACAUCUAGUAAAGUACAGGUGGUGAUGAUUGAUACAGUUGUAUUGUGUGGAAUUACCCAUUAUGGUAGCAACGACGAACAGCCAAGAGGUAAAAUAAAUAAAUGUACGCGCUUUUUACUCAAAGACCUUGCCUGGAAACCAUGGAUUUUUGUUCCAUUUCAUGCUUGGUCUCCAAAUUACAACCAAGCACAAUUGUGCUACUUCAUACUGUACAUAUAUACAUGUAUACUCAUUUUCAAAUGCGCCGGAUUGUAAAAACAACAUUGAGUUGCGAGGGCAGGGGGGGGGGAGGGAAGAGAUAUAUUAAAUGUGUGCAAUGAGUUGCAAUAAGUAGGCAGACGAUCUAAAACCGCAUGGUGUGCCAAUCAAUUGUUGAAAGUGAUUGUAGGCGAUAUAUGUCAAACAUCGAAAAGAACAUUUCCACGGUUUCGUUCAUAACGAAAUACCUUACUUGCAAUUUUAAAAGUGCAUUGGAAAAUAUAGUCAAGACUAAAGACUGUGUAGCGUUCUUAUAGCGUUCUAACAAAAUUUCUUAUUUCUCUCAUUUUAUUACAGCCUGUCUCAGAAGACUUAAAUGAGCAUUUUAAAUUUCCUAUAGGAAGUGAUAACCCAGAGAAAGCAGAACAGCAGUGGGCUUGGAUUGAAGAAACGCUUGCUAAAUCUACGUCAGAUUAUUUGCUAGUUGCUGGACAUUAUCCGGUUUGGUCAAUAGCGGAGCAUGGGCCUACCGAAUGUUUAGUUAAAACAUUAAAACCACUGCUUGAAAAAUAUCACGUGACAGCAUAUCUCUCUGGUCAUGAUCACAAUCUUCAGGUAUCAUUACCUCAUCGUACAAGCCGAUGCACAUGAUGGAAUUUGUGGAGGGUUUUGUUGAAAAAGACACACUUAUAUUUAAAUAUCGUAAAAUUAUUAAUAAACUUCAGACUGGCGUAUAUGGAAUAAGAAGUAUUGUUUUGCUAUAGUAACAUUUCGUAUCCGGAAAUGAGGAAUGAGUCUGAUUUCAAGAAUGAGUACAAUCCGCGGGGAAGCUAGUAGCCAUGCCUAAGUGUCAUUGAAGAAUGGCGCAUAAUCUUACAACACGUCACUGCUCUUAGAAAGCUUAAAAAUGCACUCAGAAUUUGGAAGGGAAUAACAUCGUAUUUGGUCCCAAAAGGCCAAAUUGGAGAAGUACGUAUUUGAAAGUAAUUGAUCGAAAAUCAGGAAAACUAGCAGGUGAUCUUAGUGGAGUAUAAUUCUGCACUAGGAGAAACUAGUAGGUUAUUGUAUGGAGUAUAACUCUGCACUUUAGAAAUACAUUAGUAAGACGCAAUUUAUGGUGAUUCCAGGCGAUUGCUCGAGGAGAGGGUACUAAUUCCGCACGACUAUUGAGAGCUUGAUAGUUCACCGCGAGCCUGCGUUAAGUGUUGGCGUAAUUUAGCUUCAUGUUGAAAUUUGAGAAAGGGAACAAAGGUGAAGGGUUGUUAGUCUAGUAUAUAUUCAACCCAUAUACACUGACCUUUCGGUGUAAAAAAAGGUCAGGUUAUGAAAGAAAUAUAAAAUGAAUUAAUUCGUACUUUAGAGAAAAAAGACUUUUAGUGAAGCCAGGUGCCAAUCUACAGUUUACUUGGAGGCAGCAACGUAAUUGCAAAAGGCCAUACUGGCGUUAACUGUAAGCUCGACUGUAAGGACUUGAUCACUUGAAAUCUAUAGUCCAUGAAUCCAACUUGGAAGAUUUGACCGAAUGACGUCUCGUAUUCAAAAUUAUAUAAAUCGAUCAUUACCAAAGAGUUGUGACUUAGGCCUGUUUCAGACGGUGUACUUUUCAUGUGCCGACUUAAUUGGCGAUUUAGGACAAUUAAGUAGGAUAGAAGAGCGUCAUAUGAACAAUUAAUAAGUACAGGAGUCGGCAGAAUUUGGAGCGGGAAAAUUUCGACACAAGUUCGACAGAGCCUGUUGCAACGUAUGGGCGACAUUGAUUCAUACGCCUCUCCACUCAUGUGCCAAACCUAACAUAAUUUUUUUGUAUUUGUUCGGAUUAGAUUAGCCAUCUUGUAAUUUAAAAAUGUACUUAUUUGUUUUCAAUUCUAUAUAGGAUUCUCGCAUGAAUGCGCCCCAACCUUAUCAAUAAUGUCGUAUUUGCCGUUCUUGUAUCGCACAUGAAAAGUACGCUGUCUGAAAUAAGCCUUAUGAUUCAAGUCGACGUGCGUUAAGGGACUGGUCAUUAUUUAUGGCAGCAAAAGUUUUGUUGACUCAACCAUUAAAAAGUCACAAAUUUGGUUACCUAAUUACCUCUAAUAUCAAUUAAAAAAUAUAUACCCAUUCAGUUGUCACACAUAUCCUUUACCACUUCUGUGACACGAGUUUGAUUACGGCUUGUGAAAUUUUCUGCAGUCUAAAGUUUCAUGUUGUCUGCACAUGUACUUUCUUUGGAGACACUAUUUGUCUCCAAACAAAUCGGAAAAUGAUCAAGAUAUAUAGUGACUCUAAUUGAUUCACAUAUUGUAUUGACAUAUGACUGUUGACAUUUCAUGCUUUUCAGUCUUCAAUAUUUGAGUGAGUCAUGCUUUGGAAAUGACAAUAAAUUUUCAUUACUCAACCUUUGAGUUGUUUUGUUUUUUAUUUACCCAACAGGGCCGUCGGGGGGGGGGGUGGGUGGGUGGCUGCAGCCCCUGCUUAACCUUUUACUUACUCAAGGGGGGGGGGGUGGCUGCAGCCCCUGCUCAACCUUUUACUUACUCAAAAUUUUGUUUACCCAACCCUUUUCUCUUCGGUACCACCCCCCGCCAUAAAUAAUAACCGCUCCCUUAAAUAAAACUUGCAUCCUUAUCAACCGAAGCUUUCUUAUUAUUGGCACUGCCUACGCUGGCAAACCGUUCAAGAUUAUAAUUGCAACAAAGUUUGGCUCGGUAACAUAACCUGAUUGUUUUCUUCUUCUUCAAUCUAGCAUUUAGAUGAAGGAUCUGGAGUUCAGUAUAUUGUGACAGGCUGUUCAAAUUAUGUGAAUAAUUCCACUGUCCAUUCAGGGGAUGUACCGAACAAAUCUUCCAAGUUUUUUUGGGCCGAAUAUUCUAAACUGGGAGGUUUUGCCACUCUGCAGGCGACACAGGUUGUCAUGGAUAUGACGUUUGUGGACUCCACAGGCAAACCAUUGUACAGUAUCGCGCUGAAACCAAGAGAUCGUGAGGUUUUUGCUGAGGAAAAAACUAUUUGA